CCUGUGAUGUAUCAGCAUAAGUGGUAUUCUAGCCAUGUCUACAUAUGCCAAUUCUAUUUUUCACUCUUCUUCACAGUGGUCUUCAUUAUUUUCUAGGAGUACUAUGGAAAAUACUUAGCCACUCACAUAAAGAAAAGUAUUUUUAGAGGCAAAGUAUUUGCAAAAAUUUAUUAUUCACCAGAUAAAAGCAGCAGGACACCAUGGGUAGAUGGAAUGCGACCAAUGUGCCUGGCUUCAUCCUUAUGGGGUUGACAGAUUCUGCUGUGGCAAGGCUGAUUCUAUCCAUGCUCUUCCUCCUGAUUUACCUGAUCACAUUGCUGGGGAACGCAGGGAUGAUAUUGAUCAUCUAUCUGGAUCCCCAGCUGCACACCCCCAUGUACUUUUUUCUCACUCACCUGUCAUUUCUCGACCUCAGCUACUCAAGUGUCAUCACCCCUAAAACCUUACAGAACUUGAUGACUUCCACCAAGAAGAUAUCCUUACCAGGCUGCUUCACACAGAUGUACUUUUUCAUUGUAUUUGUUUCUACCGAAUGUUUCCUUCUCUGCUCCAUGGCCUAUGAUCGCUAUGUAGCUAUCUGCCAUCCCCUGCACUAUCCAGUCAUUAUGUCCACAAGACUGUGCCGUGCUCUGCUUGCAGUCUCCUAUGUUAUUGGCUUUUUUGAUUCCACUGUGGUUGCAGUUUUCAUGAGCAGACUGGACUUCUGCAACUCUAACGUUAUCCAGCACUUUUUCUGUGACACAUCCCCGAUUUUAGCCCUGUCCUGCAGUGAUACUUCUGAGGUUGAACUCUUUAUACUCAUUUGUGCUGGAUCCAAUUUAAUUCUUUCUCUCAUCACCAUAUCUGUAUCGUAUGUGUCCAUCCUCUCCACCCUCCAGAAAAUUAAUUCCACUGAAGGAAAGAAAAAAGCCUUCUCCACCUGUGCCUCCCACCUGCUGGGAGUCACCAUCUUCUACAGCAGUAUGAUUUUUUCUUACCUAAAACCGAAGACAUCCUACUCCUUGGGCAGGGAUCAGGUGGCUUCUGUGUUUUACACGAUUGUGAUCCCCAUGCUGAACCCUCUCAUCUACAGUCUCAGAAACAAAGAGGUGAAGAGCGCUGCCCUUAGAGUCCUGCAGAAGAGAGAGGUUUCCAGACCAUUAAAAUAACCGUGAUGCUAGGCAUUUACACCU